GAGGGUGGGCCUCACCUGGCCACCCUCACCCCAGAGCUGUAGGGUUUUUGUAAGUCAGAGUUUUCCUCAGACUAGGUCUCUCAGGCUGGAGCAUAAUCAUCUUGGACCCUCAGCCCUCCGUGUCAAAAAAAGGAAAAAAAAAAAAACCGUUGCUUUUCUGUGGCUUGCUCUUCGCCUCUCUUCACUAACUUCACGCAGCCUGUCAGGGUUUGUGCCUCUUUAGAUCGACCCUAGUGAACCUCUCUUUAACUGCCCGAGAAUCAUUAGGAGGACAUUCUGCUGCGUUUAGUAUCAGCUGAAAGAGCACAAGAGUAACUAACGAACUAAAAUACGCGCAGAGCUGAACGAGUACUUUUGGAUUUCCCAAAGCCUUGAUAACCACCAGAGUGAAAGAAGUAGGGGGAAUCUUGUGACCUUGGACAGAAGGAGAAAGAGAUACCACGAAAAACGCGAUUCAAAUGGGUCUAGGAUGAGAUGUCUUGCUAAGAAGGGAUAGGGUUAGAGGGCCUUGGAUCCCCUGGAACUGGAGUUAUAGGGGUUGUGAGCAUCAUGUGGAUGCUGGGAAUGGAACCCCAGUCAUCUCGAAGAACACCCAGGCUGGUCUGAAACUCACUGUGAAGCCAGAGAUGACCUUGGACUUCUGAGCCUCUCACCUCCAUUCCUGAGCGCUGGGACUGCUGGGCCUGCUACUCAGCACACCUGGCUCCAGAGGCCAUGGCCUGCCUCCAUGAAACCCGAACACCCUCCCCUUCCUUUGGAGGCUUUGUGUCUACUCUAAGUGAGGCCUCCAUGCGAAAGCUGGAUCCAGACACUUCAGACUGCACCCCUGAGAAGGACCUGACACCUACCCAAUGUGUACUUCGAGAUGUUGUGCCUCUCGGAGGUCAGGGUGGAGGAGGGCCCAGCCCCUCCCCAGGUGGAGAGCCUCCUCCAGAGCCUUUUGCCAAUAGUGUCCUGCAGCUACAUGAGCAGGAUACAGGUGGGCCAGGGGGAGCCACCGGGUCACCUGAGAGUCGAGCAUCUAGGGUUCGAGCUGAUGAGGUGCGUCUGCAGUGCCAGAGUGGCAGUGGCUUCCUUGAAGGUCUUUUUGGCUGCCUGCGCCCUGUCUGGACAAUGAUUGGCAAAGCCUACUCCACAGAGCACAAGCAACAGCAGGAAGACCUUUGGGAAGUCCCCUUUGAGGAAAUCCUGGACCUGCAGUGGGUAGGCUCAGGGGCUCAGGGUGCCGUUUUCCUGGGACGCUUUCAUGGGGAGGAGGUAGCUGUGAAGAAGGUUCGAGACCUCAAGGAGACCGACAUCAAGCAUCUUCGAAAACUGAAGCACCCCAACAUCAUCACUUUCAAGGGUGUUUGCACACAGGCCCCGUGCUACUGCAUCCUCAUGGAGUUCUGUGCCCAAGGACAGCUGUAUGAGGUGCUCAGGGCCGGCCGCCCCGUUACCCCCUCCUUGCUGGUUGACUGGUCCAUGGGCAUCGCUGGAGGCAUGAAUUACCUACACCUGCACAAAAUCAUCCACAGAGACCUGAAGUCACCCAACAUGCUAAUCACAUACGACGAUGUGGUGAAGAUCUCAGACUUUGGCACUUCCAAGGAGCUGAGUGACAAGAGCACCAAGAUGUCCUUUGCAGGGACAGUAGCCUGGAUGGCUCCUGAAGUGAUCAGAAAUGAACCUGUGUCUGAGAAGGUUGACAUCUGGUCCUUUGGGGUGGUGCUUUGGGAAUUACUGACUGGAGAGAUUCCCUACAAAGAUGUAGACUCCUCAGCCAUCAUCUGGGGUGUGGGAAGCAACAGUCUUCACCUGCCUGUACCCUCUAGCUGCCCAGACGGCUUUAAAAUUCUGCUUCGCCAGUGCUGGAACAGCAAACCACGGAACCGCCCAUCAUUCCGACAGAUCUUGCUGCACCUGGACAUCGCCUCGGCUGAUGUGCUCUCUACACCCCAGGAGACUUACUUUAAAUCCCAGGCAGAGUGGCGGGAAGAAGUAAAACUGCACUUUGAAAAGAUUAAGUCAGAAGGGACCUGUCUGCACCGCCUAGAAGAGGAACUGGUGAUGCGGAGAAGGGAGGAGCUCAGACAUGCCCUGGACAUCAGGGAGCACUAUGAGCGCAAGUUGGAGAGAGCUAACAACUUGUACAUGGAACUGAAUGCCCUCAUGUUGCAACUAGAACUCAAAGAGAGGGAAUUGCUCAGGCGAGAGCAAGCUUUAGAAAGGAGGUGUCCUGGUCUACUGAAGUCACACACGUCCCGAGGCCUCCUACAUGGAAACACGAUGGAGAAGCUCAUCAAGAAAAGGAAUGUGCCACAGAAACUGUCACCCCAUAGCAAAAGGCCAGAUAUUCUCAAGACAGAGUCUUUGCUACCUAAACUAGAUGCAGCCCUAAGUGGGGUGGGGCUUCCUGGAUGUCCUAAGGGCCCCCCUUCACCUGGAAGGAGUCGUCGUGGCAAGACCCGUCACCGAAAGGCCAGCGCCAAGGGCAGCUGUGGAGACCUGCCUGGGCUUCGUGCAGCUUUGCCACCCCAUGAGCCUGGAGGACUAGGAAGCCCAGGAGGCCUAGGAGUGGGCCCUACAGCUUGGGAUGCCUGCCCCCCUGCUCUCCGUGGACUCCACCAUGACCUUCUACUACGGAAGAUGUCUUCAUCAUCCCCAGACCUGUUAUCAGCAGCACUGGGAGCCCGAGGCCGAGGGGCCACAGGGGGAGCUCGGGAUCCUGGCUCACCACCUCCACCCCAGGGUGAUACUCCUCCAAGUGAGGGAUCAGCUCCUGGUUCCACCAGCCCAGAUUCACCUGGGGGAGCUAAAGGGGAACCACCUCCACCAGUAGGGCCUGGAGAAGGUGUGGGGCUGCUGGGAACUGGAAGGGAAGGGACUACAGGCCGGGGAGGAAACCGGGCUGGGUACCAGCACUUGACCCCCGCUGCGCUGCUGUACAGGGCUGCUGUGACUCGUAGUCAGAAACGUGGUAUCUCAUCUGAAGAGGAAGAAGGAGAGGUCGACAGUGAAGUAGAGCUACCCCCAAGUCAAAGGUGGCCUCAGGGCCCGAACAUGCGUCAGUCACUAUCUACGUUCAGCUCAGAGAACCCAUCAGAUGUGGAGGAAGGUACAGCUAGUGAGCCUUCCCCAAGUGGCACACCGGAAGUUGGCAGCACCAACACUGAUGAGCGGCCAGAUGAACGGUCUGAUGACAUGUGCUCACAGGGCUCAGAAAUCCCACUGGACCUACCUACUUCAGAGGUGGCCCCUGAACGUGAAACCAGCUCCUUGCCCAUGCAACACCAGGAUGACCAGGGCCCCAAUCCUGAGGACUCAGACUGUGACAGCACUGAAUUGGACAACUCCAACAGCAUUGAUGCCUUGCGGCCCCCAGCCUCCCUUCCUCCAUGAAAGACACUCUUAUUCCUUGUACAUAGAGAAAUAUUUAUAUAAAUAAUAUAUAUGCGCCACAUAAUCAACAGAUAGACGGGGCUUUCUUAGCCGUAAGUCAGGCUUCAGAGUGAACGACGCCCCUGACCAAUUAAGUUCUAGGGACACUGGCAGCUGUGGAAAUGACUCCAAGUACUACCCUAGAGCUGUAAGGAAAGGAAACCGGUCCCUUCUUGCUUCACCCCAUUCCUUAUGUUGAACAAGCAAGUAGGCAUAGAAAAGCCAGGCUUGUCUCUACACUGUCUGUCCCUAAACAUGGGGGGGCAGGAAGAGGAUUCACUUAAAACUGCACUUUUAUUUUCCGUUUACUGUUUACACAUUUUGCACUUGGGAGGAGGGAAACUAAGGCUGGGUCCUAGGUCCUCCCUCUGAGGUUUCUCAGGUGGCAAUGUAACUCAUUUCUUUGUUCCUGUUUCUCUGCCAAAGCCCUGGCUUUGGGCCCAGAGGCAAGUUAGAAGAUUAAUAGCAUGUGAUGGCUCAGGCUGAAGAACUGGGUGCUGGUUAAGUCCCCGCUGUUAUCUGGUGCCUGGUAGGGGUGGGGACUGUCAUAUUGUAACCCCUGUGAACAACCCUGAAAUAUAACCACUCCAUGCAGGCCCAACUGUCGAGGGUUUUCUUGGUGAAUGAGUGGAGUGGUAAUACAUGGAUUAAGUCUUGGAUUUAAGAUUUUACCUGAGGAAUUUGGAUAAGUUACUUUCUAAGUUAACAUAAAUGGCAGCAGGUAAACUUUUCUAAAUGAUUUCAGGACAAGAACACAAGGUCUGUGGAGAAAACUAAAUGAAUAAUUACUAGACUUUAAAAUUAAAGUAUGCACGGGGCAGUGAUUCUCAAGCUUCCUAUCGACACCUUCCUGUCCCAGCUCCAUAAAUGCACUGUACAAUGCUGCUGUACAAUCCCAGGGUAAGUGUGACUGUCAGUCUUCAGAGGCCACCCAGGAUCAUGGGGGGCGAAAGAUUGAGGCAAAAAAAAAAAAAAAAAAAAAAAAUGGGAGUGGUAAAAAAGGAAGGAAGUCCACUAAUUCUAUUUAAAUGGAAUCAGGGCUCUAUAAAAAUAGUAUCAGACAGGAAUAACACCCGCAUAAGUCACUGUGGCAUCCAGUUUCUAUUCACAAAGAAAAAGCUCCAGUCCAUCUUUUAAUUCUUUUUUUGAAAAAUUCCUGACAUUACAGAACUAAACUGAAAUGUAUUAAUAAUCCACUCUUACAUUUCCAUGACAAACAAAAAUUCAUGAGCCAAAAAAAAAAAAA